AUGCUCGGUGAUAGCAGGCGUCCAGUGCUCCUCACGCCGGGCUUUUGGUGGAUAGCCACAGCGCUCCUUUCCACGUAUGCCGUUGUCGACGCGCACCUUGGUCACCUCACCAGUGUUUUCGAACGCGUUGCCGUGGCAGUGCCUUUGGGCUGGGCGGUGUCCUCGUGGCUCGCGUAUUUGUUUGCGUCGCUGCGCUACCAAACGCUUGACGUACGAUCCGUUCGAGCUGCUUGGCUAGUGCAAGCUGCAAUCGGCUUGUUUCAUGUGUGGCUGGUGCAGCGACGGAGAAAGGCGGGUCAUGAGCCAGCUGGCACCAUGAGGGACUCGCCGGCCCGCAGCGCGAAGGUAGCACCGCACGGGCCUGGGAUGGGCUUCACAGCAUUGACGGCUUUGAUUGUCUGGCCCAUGGUCUCGAGUCGUUUCCUGCGGAACGAACCAGAUGGUAGCGUGAGCUCAGGUGGCGCAACCUGGGCCGAUUUGCCGUUCCACAUGAAUAUUGCGGCAUCGUUCCUCUAUGGAACGAACCGGGAAUUCGACUAUCGUCGCACAGAGGCAGCAUUUUAUGCGGGUUCGCGCCUUGUUUAUCCACUACUUCCAGACUUUCAUGCAGCGUGUCUGCUGGUAUCGGGCAUGAGCUGGCGCAUGAGUUUUCUGCUACCGGCACUGUUUCUGGCUGUAUCAGCAUCGGCGCUGCUGUAUGCGGUGAACUGGCGUUUAACCGGCAGUCGCGCCGCUGCCGUGCUCUCCGUUCUCCUCGUCAUGUGUGCAGGUGGUACCGGGUCCUUUGAGCACUGGAUCGAGCGAGGCUGGAGUCACGCGACGUGCGUAGCCUGGGAUGUGGAUCCGGUCCAAGCUGACCGUGAGGGCGGCAGACAAGAGAUCCUGUGGUUUGCCUACUUUGGGCAUGUGUUCUUGCCACAGCGACCGGCCACGUAUGCAAUUCCCCUGAUCCUCAUUGUUAUCCUGCUGCUUGUUCUUGCCAUGACCGAAGGUGUUCCGCUUCAACAGAGCGCUAUUGUGUUGAGGCUGGCGGCCUUUGUCGCCGGUAUCUUGCCCUUAUUCCAGGCGCACGCAUUUGUUGGUGCGGUGAUUCUCUGCUCUGUGCUCUUCAUUAUGGAUUUCGACCGAUGGUACACACAUAUGGAUCUUCUCUGGCGAGGGUGGCUCACAGCCGCUUUCAUCGGUUUGGCGUUGUCGGCGCCCCAGCUUCCGGUAUACAUCGGGAGGGUGGCAUCGUCGAGGGAGCAAAGAGGCUUUCUUCGCUUCUCUUGGACGGCAAUGUCAUCCUUCAACAGUGGGUUUUGGAGAACCUGGUUCCGCGCCCUGACUCUACACGUUCCAGUCUAUACACUUGUUUUUGGCAUUGUGUCCGUGGUGCUGUUGGCACAGGCGCUUGCAGAUCUGGAGAGACUUUUCGGAGUACGCGGAUACUUUCCGAUCGUGGAACGCAUCCAAAACCGCGUUGUGCACUUGCUGUGGGGCCUUGCUCCGGCUUUUAGCGGGCCUUCACAUUACUGGCGUUUGAAGUUCUUCCCCGCAUUCGCUGCAGUUUUCGUUUUCUGUAAUCUUUUCCUUAUUCCGCCAUGGGUCAAGGAUAACGUCAAGCUCGUGUAUAUUUGGCUCUUUCAGGCUGCAGGUGUCGUUGGGUAUCUGCUGGUGCGUUUAUGGCGGCGCGGUGGGCCUCUGGGCAAGCUCCUGACCCCGCUGAUCCUGUUUUUCAUGAUUUUCAGUGGCUUGUUGGGGAUUCGUCGAGAAUGGGGUGGCGUUACGGCUGAGCUGUUCACACCGGCUCACCAAGAGGUGGGUGAAUGGAUCAAGGCGAACACACACUUGCGCUCGGUGUUUCUUACAAAUGAGGGGCACAGUUCUCCUGCUUGUGCCCUCGCCGGAAGAACGUUGUAUUCCGGACACUUAGGCUGGGUGUGGUCCCACGGUCUUCGGGAUUGUUACGAGCGAGAACAGUUUCAGGACGAAUUGCUUCGAGGUGAGGGUAGGAAUGGAACGGAGCUCUUGAACCAGCUUCGAUACCUCAGAGUGAGUCAUAUUUUGCUGGAACCGGAGAUUUCGGAUCCAGAAUUUGAGGGCGCUUUUGAGGAGAGCGAUGUAUGGCUCGGCUACGAGAACCAAGGAUGGCGUCUGUACUUCAUCAAAGAUGUCGUUCUUGAUGAUCGACCCAUCGAAUCUAUCUCGAGAGAGCAGCUCUACUUCUCGACUGGUGUCUCGCUUGUUGCGCUCUGGAUGGCCGUAAUGUGUAUGUGGUAUUUUCCGUGCGUGUUUGCAAGCCAGGAGAUUGCAGAGGACGGGAAUGACGUGGUGCCUCGCGGCCCGGUUGCCGAUCGACAUACCAAAACGCUCUAG